AUUUGUUAAAAUCGAUACAUCGCGUAAAGGCAGAUACGCGCAACCGUUCGCACGAUCAACGCUCGGUAGGUCGUUGCGUCGUAACAGCGUUGCGGUCGCGCGCGUUUGCCCCUCCAACGUUACCCCCUCUCCAUGGCGACGGCGAGCCGGCCGGCAAGUGGCAGGCAAGGGGAUGUUUACGGCGUAGCCACGGGGACGACCGUCCAUGUGUUUCAGUCGAGGACUCGUCGUCCGCGCGGUCGAUCCAAGCGUUCGGUAUACCGCGUUUCUCGAAUUUCGUCGUUCCCUGUUAUCCGUGGCUUUGCGAGAAGAUACAAUGCGUUUAUCUCGACGAGAUGUCAACGUAGGAAGAAGGAAACAGUUGUACGUUCGUCGCUCGUGAUAUAAACGUGAAAGACGCUGAUCGCGAGUGUAAAAAUUGGCUAAAGUUCGAUCUGGAACUGGCGCGGGGAACGUAGACGAACGAAAUAGAUAAGUCGAACGAUUUUCCUUGCGAGCUGUCGCGCGCUAUUUUUACACGAAGAGUUGUUGGAGGUGCGCCUUGGAGCAGCGAAAGAGGAGAUGGCGGUGACGAGAUAAGAUAAUGGGAAGUUUCACGACGAAGACGAAAACGGAGACGACAAAGGUGGAAGAGAGAAAGAGAGGGAGAGGUGAUCUUUUUCGAAGUGUGUUAUGUCCUGCGUGCUUUCGUCGACGGGACGAAAGGAGGAGAGUCAUGCGGGCUGGUGUUUGUCGUUGAGGAACGACGCGAGGGAACGAAGGAGGAGCAUCGUCGAAGUGUCGGUGGAGGUGGAGGAGGAGGAGGAGGAGGAGGAGGGGGAGGUGGAGGUGGUGGGCGAGGAGGAGGAGGAGGAGGAGGAGGAAGGGGACGGAGACGAGGGCGAGGGUGGUAAGGGCGGCGGUACCGGAGCCGGAGCUGCUUCCUCGCAAGCUCGUUAUUCUCCCAAGUACGAGGUGCGCAAGAGCCAUAUCGUCGAUGCGAGGAUGCCUCGUGCCUUGCCAACGAGACGAGGCCUGCAGGCUUUGGCCCUCGUACUUGCUACCGCCUAUGUCACCAUUCUCCUCUACCAGGCAGUGGCACCUCGUCAGUGGAUCGAAGAGAUAAGCAGCGAGGUCAAUGGUAGAAACGAGCCGUUGAUCGAAGUAUCCGCGUCGAGAAGGAUCGUAAUCGGCGAAGGAGGCUCGGCGAUGACACCACCGCUCGCCACGGCCACGAUGGUACCCUUCUCGACGAAUCUGGAUGACGUGUUUAUCAGCGUCAAAACUACCAAGCACUAUCAUCGUUCUCGUUUGCCGGCCAUCAUCGGCACAUGGUUCCAAUUUGCCAAGGAUCAGACGUGGUUUUUCACCGAUCGAGAGGAUCCAUACUUUCAGAAUCAAACGAACGGCCACAUGAUCGAUACCAAGUGUUCGUCCUCUCACAAUAGACGAGCCCUUUGCUGCAAGAUGUCCGUCGAGUUUGACAGAUUUCUCGAGAGCGGUCGAAAGUGGUUCUGCCACUUCGAUGACGAUAAUUACGUGAACGUACCACGCCUUCUGAAGCUCCUGGACAAUUACAACCCACGGGAGGAUUGGUAUCUCGGCAGGCCUUCGAUACCAGCCCCUUUGGAAAUCAUCAGGCAGGGACCAGAGCCAUCGAAACGACCGCAAAAGGUCAGAUUCUGGUUCGCCACGGGCGGAGCUGGAUUUUGCAUCAGCAGAGCGUUAGCCCUGAAAAUGACGCCGCUCGCUGGAGGCGGAAAGUUCAUCACCGUAGGCGAUAGGAUCAGGCUACCCGAUGACGUAACCAUGGGAUAUAUCAUCGAGUACCUUUUGAAGAAGCAGCUGACGGUGAUCGAGCAAUUUCAUUCGCAUUUGGAGCCGAUGAAGUUCCUCAACAAGGACACCUUUCACGAGCAGGUAUCCUUCAGCUACUCGAAAGGCGCACGAGACGAGUGGAAUAUUUUGAAAAUCGAUGGAUUCGAUACGAAGGAGGAUCCAAGAAGAUUCAAAUCCAUCCACUGUCAUCUCUUCCCACAUCUACCGAAUUGUCCGCACAGGUGAUGAUAUCAUAGACGACGAGAGUCUUUAAUGAACGAAAGAAGAAACGUGGAAGGAGAUUCGUCGACGAGAAUGCGUAUUUUCUGAAUCAAAUCCGAUCUCGAAUCGCUCAGAUUUUUUGUUUUCUUUUUUCAUCGAUCGGUAAUACGAGCCAAUAACGAAAUUAGGGCGAUAAGAUAUUCCCUUACUUCCUUGUCUUUCUUGCCGUUCGUAAUAUUUCAUGUAGAUAAGGAAGAUGCACGUUCUCGGAGAGCGUUAGACGAUGAUGCCUUUAACCGUGGAAAUAUUUGAACAAUUUGUACAUCAGUUUCGUUAACUCGCUUACACAGAAAGUAAUUAAGGUAAGAAUGUAAUUAGUCGUUUAAUUCUUCGUAGACCCGACGUCUACUCGCUUUAAGCAUUUAAUGAUAAAUUUUAGUGAAUUUUUCUUUUUUCUUUUUAAGAAAAAUAUUAAGGAUAUCGACGUUUCGUAAGAUAAAUUUGGAAUAGUGAUUCGCAAAAUUGCGUAAUACGAUAAUCGAUCUCUUUCGCGAGAGUUAAAAUUAUCAUAUAUAUAUAUGUAUGUAUGCAUGUACGUACGUACGUACGUAAGGAACUCGCAUAUCUUACGUUAAGAAAGCGAAAAAGAUGUAUUUAAAGCGUAUGAAUCGAGAGUAAAGAAAUAGCAGUUUGUACAUAAUCAUAAAAUAGGCGACAAAUGACGUGCGCGUUUCUCGCGUCCGAGAAACGAAAUUAUUUCACGCUAGUCCAUCGCGAGGAGAAGUUUGUUAAUCGUUGGCGCCUGCAUGCGCGAGUAUAUUACAAAAGUGAUACAUAUCUGUACAUAACGAGUAAGAAUCGAUAGAGCGACAUGUUUGAUACAGGCUCCUCUUGCGACGUAUAUGUUACUUUUUGACGGAAAAUCGAAGCGACGAGCGUAUGGUGUGCAAUAUGCGCGAUUUUUUUUUCUGAAUAUUUGCCUGAAUUAUGGCAAUUUUUAUUUUCUCCAACUUCUCACUUGUAAUCGGGACCAAUAGUCGAAAGAUUUUUCUUCGUAGUUUUCUUUCCUUUUUUUUUGUUCUUUGCACCAUUGACGUUUCCUGUUUCGGAUAUUUUCUAAUUUAUUUGCAUUUAACGUAAGCCGAUUGGAAUAUUAAGCGCGUAUGAAACGUUCGUGCGAUUCGAAUAAGAUGGAUAACGAAGAAAUCAGGUCGGCCUGUACACGUAGUAGAAAAUUUAUGGUGGUGCUGGAAACACGAGAUGUACAAUUACGUUGCGCAAUGAUGUUUUAUAUAAGCUGUACAUAAACCAAA